CUAAAAAAUGCCCAAGGAUUACAAUGGAUCACCAAAGCAUUAUAAUCAGCUUGAAUCCAAGAGAAAUAGACUCACAUGGAUUUUAGGUGUAAGUGGUCUAUGUAUUUUGUCCUAUGUAAUGGGUGCAUGGAAAAAUACAGCAACACCUACUAACCAAUCUGAGGCAUACUCAAAAGUAGAUUGUAAUGUUGGAUCAACAGCUAGUUCUUCCUCAAUUUCAUCAUCUUCUUCGUCUUCGAAAUUAGAUUUUGCUAGUCAUCAUUCACUUGAAAUAAGUACUUCUGGAGGGAUAAAAGAGUUUCCACCAUGUGACAUGACAUAUAGUGAAUACACUCCAUGUCAAGAUCCAGCUAGAGGUAGAAAAUUUGACAGAAACAUGUUGAAAUAUAGGGAGAGACAUUGUCCUACAAAAGAAGAACUUUUGUAUUGUCUUAUACCUGCUCCUCCAAAAUAUAAGACACCUUUUAAAUGGCCUCAAAGUAGAGAUUAUGCUUGGUAUGAUAAUAUUCCGCACAAGGAGCUUAGCAUUGAGAAAGCUGUUCAAAAUUGGAUUCAAGUUGAAGGCGAUCGUUUUCGAUUCCCCGGUGGAGGUACCAUGUUUCCUCGGGGUGCUGAUGCGUAUAUUGAUGACAUUAAUGAGCUUAUUCCUCUUACUACUGGUAAUAUCAGAACUGCAAUUGAUACAGGGUGUGGUGUAGCAAGUUGGGGUGCCUACCUUUUGAAAAGGGACAUAAUAGCAAUGUCAUUUGCACCAAGAGAUACACAUGAAGCUCAGGUACAGUUUGCAUUGGAGAGAGGAGUUCCUGCUAUGAUUGGUAUCAUGGCUUCACAAAGGCUACCAUACCCAGCAAGGGCUUUUGAUAUGGCUCAUUGUUCUCGCUGCCUCAUUCCAUGGAACAAAAAUGAUGGUAUGUAUUUGAUUGAAGUGGAUAGAGUCCUUAGGCCAGGUGGUUAUUGGAUUCUUUCUGGCCCACCUAUUAGAUGGAAGAAAUACUGGAGGGGCUGGGAAAGAACUGAAGAGGAUUUAAAGCAAGAGCAAGAUUCCAUAGAGGAAGUUGCCAAACGCAUAUGUUGGAAGAAAGUUGUUGAGAAAGAUGACCUUUCCAUUUGGCAAAAGCCUAAAAAUCACCUUGAAUGUGUACAAACUAAACAAGUCUUUAAAACACCACAUAUUUGCCAGUCUGAUAAUCCUGACAUGGCUUGGUACCAAAAUAUGGAAAAGUGCAUAACUCCAUUACCAGAAGUUACCAGCCCAAGCAAAGUAGCUGGAGGGGAACUAGAAAAAUGGCCAAGACGUGCCUUUGCAGUACCUCCUAGAAUUAGUAGUGGUUUAAUACCAAGCAUCACUGCAGAGAAAUUUCAAAAGGACAAUGAAUUAUGGAAGGACAGAAUGUCACAUUACAAGCAUAUCACUCCUAUUGCUCAAGGAAGAUAUAGAAACAUUAUUGAUAUGAAUGCUUACCUUGGUGGAUUUGCAGCAGCAUUAUUAAAAUUUCCAGUUUGGGUUAUGAAUGUUGUUCCUUCAAAUUCAGCUCAUGAUACUCUUGGUGCAAUCUUUGAAAGAGGUUUCAUUGGGACUUACCAUGAUUGGUGUGAAGCUUUCUCAACUUACCCUAGAACUUAUGAUCUCAUACAUGCAGCUGGUGUAUUUGGCAUAUAUCAGGAUAGGUGCAACAUUACUGUUAUACUAUUGGAGAUGGAUAGAAUCUUGAGGCCAGAAGGUACAGUGGUAUUCAGAGAAGGAGUAGAGCUUCUCACAAAGAUUAAAAGUGUUACUGAUGCAAUGAAGUGGAAGAGCAACAUAAUGGAUCAUGAAAGUGGACCCUUUAACCCAGAAAAGAUUCUUGUUGCGGAAAAAACUUAUUGGACUGGGGGAGCUAAAGAAAAUAGCAACUAAUAGAUUUUUUUUUUAUUGCAAUUGCAACUCUGUUCUUCUUCUACUUAAACUUUUUUGUUUUCCCUCUUGGAGAUUGAAUUUUCUUUCCAUGUUUUGUUUCACUGAUUUUACAUUUCAAUCUUCUUAUUGCCUAUUUUGUAUUUAAAAGGCAACGAAUGACUUCAUUAAUGCAUCAAUUAUUAAUUGAUGUUAAUUUUAUUACCUCUAAUCGGAAAUCUUCUAUUAAUACCUCCUCGUGUUCGAUUCUCAGGAGUGUCCAUGUUUAGAUUUAGAACACAUGCUACAAUCU